CAAUGCCACUUGGCAAUUACAAUUAAUACAAUCAUAACCAUCCUUGACAUUUUGCAUAAUUUGGGGUUUAUUCCAAUUUCCUCUUCACAUCAAGUCACUCCAUUAUAUUUGGAUUUUGUAUCGCGAAGUUGCUCGAGUACAUACAUACUACUGGACCUUCUCCACAUAAUCAACAUUCCACAUAAACACAUUCCGGGGAUUUAUCCUCCGCAAUGCCUUCUUCAGAGAGAGAAUCUUCUCGCGAUGGCGAUAGACUUGCUCUUGUACAUAGAAAUUCCGCGCAUUCCAUAUCCUCAUCAAUAGAUUCUGGACGAGCAAUUGUUCCAAUGUGGGAUAGUUCUGAUCCAGAACGCGCACCUCCUCCACUUCCCAUGAACCCCUCAUCCCCGAGUGUCUCAUCACGAGGAACUUCGGCUGCUAUCAAAUCUGCACAUGCGGCACUUACUGAAAGAGCUCGCGACAAUACUUAUUUCAUCAACAUACCACCCCCAAAGCGCCUCACAGAACCAUCUCCCGAACGUUUACUGAUCAAGGGUACUGCUCCCGGUCAUAAACGAAUGCAAUCUCUGCAAAAUGGUAGCGUUAGAGAUUUGAGUAGUUUUAUUGAAAGUGGAACUUUCGGUCCAUUGAAACCUCCAGAGAAAAUAACAGCAAGACCUCCUACACCACACGCCAGCAAGGAUUUCUCAUUCGACCAGUCGCCAGAGAAGUUUUCCGACAAGAUGUCAGAUAAAGAUUCGGUUCGAGCCACUACACCUACGAAAAGAGCCGAGUCGCCUCGGGAAAGACGCGACUCUAUGCAUGUACGACCUUCACUACGCCGGCCACCCCAUGGUGGGUACGGUGAAAACACGCCUCCUCAAUCAGCCACGAUGCAGGCUCUUCACAACAUGACGACCAAGGAAACAGAUCCACCUCUUGCCAAUGUCACCAAUGGCUCUACUGCUUUAGUGCGACAACCUCAAACGUUCGAUGCCAUAUCAAAUCAAAUUCUCAGUCUCACCAGUAUAUGUACCAGCCUCCAGAGGGAAAUGGCGCAAUUGAGCAGAAGAAGUAAAGAUAACGCUACGGAUUUGGUUAGUCUUAAGGAAGCGACGAAUGCCAGGGAUGAGGAUAUACGCAAGAGUCUCCGAGAACUGGUGACUGGCUUGUCUGACGCUGGCUCCGAGCGUACAUUAUAUGGAGGCAACAAUCUUUACGCGGAUAGCAAAGGACACGCUUCGCCAUCCUCAUCACGAAAUUCGAAAGGGUUUUCGCUUCCUCGAAUCCCUAGCCCAAAUAGCUUUGCUGCUUCAUUGGAUCGAGAAACCUUAUUAUCUACACCACUUACGAGAGAUCACGGUCGAGAACAUUUUAGCGACGCUGCUGCGCAUGCUGCUAGUGUGGCUCUGCUCGAAAAGGUACUGCGAGAGAUGGGCACUAAGGAAGGACAGGAGUUAUUGAUAUCUCGGCUUACGGAAAUCGCUGAGCAGCUUGGCCGAGAAGGCAUGUCGACAGCCAAAAAGCUAGAGGACUUGGUGGAAUUCAUCAAGAGAAACACUGAAAUCUCUCAAGCUCUAAUUGCCCGCCACAACAACAAUCGCGAACAAGAGACCAGGGGGCGUAAAUAUAGCUUUGAAGAGGAUUCGACAUUGGAGCUAGAUUUCGAUAGACCGGCUUCUGUCGCACAGAAACUAGAGGCUCUUGUCGCCACUGGAGCAAAUAGAGACAGGCGAAAGUCGCAAGGACCCAAUCGAUCAGGUGAAGUAUUAGGUGAUGAUGUCAUCCAAGUUAUACGAAGUGUCAAGGAUAGCGUCGCUCAAGGAGGUGGCCUUACCGCGGAAGUCAAGGCGCUUGUUCGAGAACUUCGUGGUGAGGUUUUGGGUAUGGGGCGAGAGAUUGGCAGAAAAUUAGAUCAAGCCAGCAAGGAUGGAGCUUCCAAUGGUGCCGAUGUCAGUAUUGUCGUUCAAAAUGGUCUGGAAGAAUUGAAAGAGCAUAUGAAUCAACUUAUCCGUGAAAGCCGUCGACAAAACUCCGCUUCCGCUUCUACACAGAAGAUCGACUACAAAGAAGUCUAUAACGUGGUACGCUCAGCGGUAACCGAAAAAUCCGAAUCGAAAGAAGAUAUUAUCGAUGCAGUUCGAGAAGCUUGGGAAAACUACAAACCAGAUAUCGAAUUGCAGCAUUUUGGUCUCGAGCGAGAGGAACUAUUGGCAUGCUUGAAGGAGGGCAUUCAAGAGUUCGCGCCUCAGAAUGAGCCCGGAGCAACGCGAGAGGAAGUCUUUGCCGCAGUCAUUGAAGGAUUGAAGCAUUUCACUCCACCGCCAGUUGAUAACGAAUCUCUAUCCCGAGACGAAAUUCUCGAUACCGUUCGUGAAUGCCUUGAGGAGUUUGAGUUUCCAGCUGCACCAAUGCCAGAGCCUCGCGAACCUGAAAUCACGAGAGACGAUAUGCUUGAUGCUGUAGCAGAAGGUCUUAGAACUUUCGACUUUUCUGCAAACCCUACGGCACUCAGUGCAGAGGUUCUUCAAGGUUUUACUCAAACUGAAAUGAUUCAAGCCGUUAGAGAGGGUCUCAAAGAAUUCGACUUUGCUGCUCUCAAUCGUGGUCAUGAUGACAUCACAAGAGACGAUAUGGUGACUGCUAUUCGAGAAGGGCUCCAAACAUUUGGACUUGCUAACCAGAGUCGUGAAGUGGAUGGAGGUGUCACUCGAGAUGAUGUGGUAGGCGCAGUUACCGAAAGCCUACACACGUUUGACUUCUCCAGCAGUAUUCAUCCACCACAUCAUGACGAAGAGGCCAUCACUCGCGAUGACAUGUUCGAAGCUGUAAGAGCAGGUCUUGAAAGCUUCGAAUUUCCCACUUUAAGCAGAGAGGUCGGAGAUAGUAUUAGCCGAGAAGACGUCUCUGAUGCCGUGAAAGAGAGUCUCCACAAUUUCAACUUUGGCGCAUUAAUACCAGCCUCUGACCCCGAGGAAAAAGAAACAGGAAUUUCUCGGGAGGAUGUUUUUGAGGCUGUUAAAGAUGGCCUGCAAACAUUUGAUUCCGCUCUCACACGCGAGGUUGGUGGAAACACCGGCAUCAACCGCGGCGACAUCCUUGACGCUGUGAAAGAGGGACUUCAUACUUUUGAUUCUGCUCUUACUAGGGACGUUAGUGGAAGCGGCAAUCUUACACGCAACGAUGUAAUGGAUGCUGUCAAGGAUGUUUUGACCACUUUCGACUCGGCUCUCAUUCGAAAAAAUGCCGAGACUGGAGCAACCCGCGAAGAAAUUGUCGAUGCAAUGCAGGAGGUCAUGACCAAAUUCCAUGGUUCAUCCAUAGCUCAAGGUCCAAGCCAAGGAAUCACUCGCGAUGAUGUCGUUGAUGCUGUACAAGAGGUUCUAGAAGGAUUCAACUCGGCUCUAACCAAAAAUGUCGGAGGUUCUGCAACUCGUGCUGAAGUUUUUGAGGCCAUCAAAGUUGGUCUUGAAUCACACGAAUCUAGUGGUAGCAUAACUCGGAAUGACGUCCAUGAAGUUAUCAAAGAGAAUCUUCAGAGCUACCAUAUCGAAAGUGCCCUUACUCGCGACGAAGUCGUGGAGGCCGUUCAAGAAGUAUUGACGGCGUUCGAUUCUGCAUUAACUAAAGAUGCUUCUUCGACAGUUACACGAGAUGAUGUCCUUGGGGCCGUGAAAGAAGGACUUCAAGCGCAGACGUCUAGUAUCACGCGCGAUGAAGUUCUCCAAGCCAUAAAGGACGGCCUUCAAUCGAAAGAAAUUGCAUCAACUCGCGAGGAUGUCGAUUCAAUUACUCGGGAUGAUGUAUUUGAUGCUGUGAAGAACGGAUUUGAGAUCCAUGACAUUGGAGGAAGCGUCACCCGGGAUGACAUUCUCGAAGCAGUCAAAGGUGCUAGUUUCACCCGUGAAGAUAUACUUGAUGCUGUGAAAGACGGACUUCAAACCUUCGAUUCGGCUUUGACAAGAGGUGUCACACCUACAUGUACUAAAGCUGAUGUUUUUGAGGCUGUACGAGUUGGUCUACAAUCUCAAAGAUUCCCACCAACAGUCACGCGUGAAGAUGUAUUCGAAGCCGUGUCAGAUGGCCUUCAGACAUUCAACUCCGCCAUCGUUAGCGUUAGAGAGGCAAAUGCUAGUAAAGGUGACGUCUUUGACGCUGUCAAGGAAGGUUUCGAAACAUUCAACAACGCUCUUACUCUUGAUAUCCCAGUAGGCGUUAGUCGUGAGGAUGUUCUAGAUGCAGUGAAGGAGGGCCUACAAACGUUUGACUUAGCACUCACUAAAGAGAACGAUGUCAAAGUUAACCGAGAAGAUAUUCUUGAAGCAGUCAAAGAAGGCCUCGAAAACUUUGAUUUCGCUGCUGCUAAGGCGUCCACCGAAUUGAGCCGAGAAGUUGUGGAAAAUAUCACCCGUGACGAUGUUAUUGCAGCCGUAAAAGCAGGAUUAGAAAGCUCACCUCACUCUGUUGACAACUUUACAGCUCAAGCCUCCGAACGCAUACGUGAAAUCAUGGACUCUAUACGAACCGAAUUCAAGGCAGUUUCGGAUGAAGCAAAACAACAAGUCGUUGCAAAUGGGCAGGAUUCCGAGAAAUUGUUAGAUGCAACUAAAGAUGGAUUUGAGAAGCUCCGCUCUGACAUCGAAGCUUACGUUGAUCGAGCCUCCGAUGUCACGGGUAAAGAUGAGAUUCUGGAAAACAUGCGGGAUAACUUCGCCACGCUUCGUUCCGAAGUGGAAGAACUCAUCUCCAAAAGUUCAACUACUGGCUUUGAAAAUGUUAACAGUGAACUUGAGCAUCUUCGAGGUUCGAUAGCGUCAGCAUUGGUUCGAUCAGGAGCAAAUGAUGACAAAGAUGAGAUUCUUGAUGCCUUGAAGGAAGGUUUUGAUGGUCUUAAAGCUGGUAUGGAAGUUUCCCGACCACGAGAUGUUGAAGAAAAUACGUCAGCAACCGAAGAAAUCAUUGACGCUCUGCAAAACGGGUUCUCUGGUCUUAAAGCCGAAGUUGAAAAGGUUGCCAACAAGCCUAUCGAUAUGACUGUUAAUCAUGAAAUUCUCGACACACUCAAGAAAGGUCUAGAGAAUGUCAAAGCUGAUCUUGAAAUUCUCAAAGAGAAUCAUAAGAAUGAGCAAGCGCUAGUGGAAAUCUCUGAUCGUGCAUUGGUUCCAGCUACCGACAGCCUCUCUCAUAAUGAUAUUGGGAAUCUAGAGAUGCUCAUUACCCAGCUUGGCAUCAAAGUAGCAGCACUCGAGUCGAAGGAACAACCUGCACCACAACUUGCUCCUGGUUCUGUGACCAAAGAAGAUUUAGCCAAAGUCGAAGAGCUACUUCGAAAUGUUCAAGAUAAAGUGGAGGGGGUUGUUACGCGCGAAAUUAUCCCUGAUGAAGCUAGAGUCAAGAAGGAGGACCUUGACGCCAUUGAGAUUUUGCUUCACAAUACAAAAGCUAAACUUGAUGAGAUCGAUCCUGAACAAUCCGCUAGGAAGGAGGAUAUUGAGACUAUGGGUGUCUUUGUUCUUGAAACUCGAGACGGUGUGACUGCAUUGAUUGAACAUCUCGAGGAAGUCUCGAAGAAAGAUGACAUCACCUCCAUCGAAACUGUCGUCGGUGAGGUCAUGACUGCCCUUGCAGAACUAAAGGAGCAGGUCGGUAACGAAUUCAAGAGUCUAGACAAGGUCACAAAGACGGACGUUGAAGCUGUCGAAUCCGUAUGUCUUGAUAUCAAAUCUGCUAUCGAGCAAACCGUCCUUCCAGAAUUUGCAGCUUUAGCCACAAAAGAUGAAGUCACUACACUGGGUACUUUGGUCAAGGAAACCGCCGUUCGAAUUGAAUUACAUGCAACAACUAAUGCCAAAGCUUUCGAGGACCGACAGGCCGAGACUGUUGGUGUUAGUGAACGCGUUACAGAAGUCAAAUCUUUCCUCAUGGAAUUCAGAGAUGCAGUUAAAGAGAAGCUUGACGAAGGUACAGCCAAUGUCGAGACAGUCCGCACAUUCCUUGAAAGUCUUGGAAAAACUAUCGACAAAAAUGACACUAUAUCCGAAGAUCUACAAGCAAUGUUCCAUGCUAUGACGGAAGAGUUUGAAAAGACCAAUGCUGGUAUGGUCGGAUCUAAGCUCGAGACUGAUGAGAAGUUUCAACAAACAUGGGAUAAACUCGAUUCACAUUUUGAGGAAAAGUUCACUGAAAUCAUUACUAAGUAUGACGAGCUCCAGAACUUCUUGGAAGAAAGAGCCACAGCUGGUGUAGAAAAAACAACAGAAGUUGAGGCUAAUAUCCUGAGCACGAAGCAAGUGGCCGAGGAUGUCAAGGGUCUACUUGAUACAUUAAUAAGUGCUGUGACAGAUUCUUCCGAAAAGAUGGAGGAAGCUUCCAAGACAGUUUUCAACCGAGUUGAUGAAACAUUCAUCAGGGUAGAGGAAACUCAUGCCGAUGCUAAGGCCGAGCACCAGCUCACACGUGAGCAAAUCUUGAAGACUUUGGGUGUUGUAGAAGGAGUUCAUGGAACUGUGACGGAGUAUAAUCCCCAAAUUCUUGACAUGAUCAAGGAUGUUCUUAGUAUGGUUGGUCAGCAUUACGAACAUUCAAAGAAUUCAGUAGAGACAAUUCAGGAGAAAAUCGCCGAAAUUCCUCCUCCACCAGAAAUCCCACCUCCUAUCGAAUACGAUGAUACACCUGUUCACAAGAAGCUUGAUAAGCUUGUGGAUCAUGUGCAAGAAGCUGGAAAGUCUGUGGCACAAUUGGAGAUGCUUGACAAAAUACAUCGACAGAUGCUGUCAACUGCUGCAGAAGUUUCUCAGUUCGUCUCCACCCAAACCCAAAAGAUUGCAGAUGAGCAUGAAAGUAAGGAACAAGCUGCCGCAGAAGCUGCCAUCGCCCUCGAAAGACGUCUAGUUCAAAAGGAACAGGUUGAGGCAUCGAUUGCGUCACUCAAAGGGGAAGAGAGAGCUAUGAAGGAAUAUAUCACCAAGCUUAAGACUGAUAAGGAAGAUUUGCUUCAUCAAAAGAUGAGACUUUCUUCUGAUGUUUCUAGCCUGGAGACAGCUUUAAGAAUCCGCCGUGAAGAAUUACAGGAGAUGGAAGAAAGAGCAGAAGGUCUUGAGAGACGCAUCCUUGAGGGAGUCAUUGACCAUUCCCGAGCUCUUUUGUUGGCGAAUGGUAAUCGAAAGAAAGCACGAGAUCCCAUGAGUCGUAAACGAAACCCUGCUCAACGUAAUUCAACGGCUCAUUCUAUCGCUUCGAGCGUCGCUUCAAAAACUCCAUCGAUUACACAAGGUGCUGUUAAUAUGGCAAUGAAGAAUCGCUCUCCUACCAAAGGACCUCAAGCCAAUCAGGCCCAAAGACGCAUUUUAUCCCUGAGUCAAAUCAACAAUAAUCUUUCAACUGGUAAUUUCAAACGCACUCACAGUGUCAAACAACCCAGUGCUUCCACUCCACGUAAAACCAGCUGGGGCGGAGACUCCAACAAAACAAGCAAUUAUGGGGAACUGAACAAGGAGAAUCUGGCAUUGAAAGAAUAUGAAGAUGAAGAUGAAGAAAACAAAGAAUUAGCCCAUCUUUCUGAUCACGAGGGCGGAGAUCAAAGCGAUUCAAACACGAUGAGGAGAAGCAGUCAUGGUACUACUUUUAUCACGGGAAAUGAAGGAACAGAGUAUUCGGAGAGUGUUGAUGGUGGUGGAAGAGAUCGAGAUGAGGAUCGAGAUAGGGACGAGGGAUCAGAAUCGGAUUAUGAAACAGAAACAGACUUGGGAACUAAUAGUCAUUUGGGUACCGAAAGUGAAUUGUCGAGUAGUAGUUUGGGAAAGGGAAAGGACUAUAAUGCGGUGGUUUUGUAUGAAGAGGAAGUUGUUUAGUUCACUGGUGGUUGUAGAUGGAGAUGAGGGGAUCGAUAUGAAGAGUGUUGGAUUCUGAGGAUGAGCUUUACGUAAGCUACAAAUUCAUGCGGUAAUGGUCUAAUUCUUGUAUCUUUCUUGACCCGCUUACUCGCUUUGGGAAACGGAGGAAGGGGUGGCUUUUUUUUUGUGCUCUGAAGCAGGGGAUUACGACAGAACCUACAAUAUACCCUAGUAUGUCGGUUUCUUGAUG